AUGCUGGACCGGAGAUUGACAAGUGCACACUUCAUCCUGGCUGUGAUUGUGAUGAUGUGGAGCUCAGGAAAGGCAUUCUCCGUGGACGUAGCAACAGAGGCCUCUGAGUUUGGAGCAGCAGGCUUGCAGUCACCACCCACAGGCAGGGAAGAGAAAUCAGCCACCGAUCUGGCAGCUAAGCUCCUGCUUCUCGAUGAGCUGGUGUCCUUGGAGAACGAAGUAUUCGAGACCAAGAAGAAGAGGAGCUUCCCAGGGUUUGGGUCACCCCUGGACAGACUCUCAGCUGGGUCUGUAGAGCACAAAGGGAAACAGAGGAAAGUAGAUCAUUCAAAAAAGCGGUUUGGUAUCCCCAUGGAUCGGAUUGGUAGAAACCGACUUUCUAGUUCCAGAGGCUGA